AUGUCUUCACGAUCUUUCCUCCAAAUAGGCGUCAAUUUCCUGGUCUUCUUCAUAGUUCGCUCGACUGCGCAGAGCCACCUCGAUGUGCCAUGGAGUGAUAAGAAGUAUGGACCCGAUGGGCCAUGGCAAGCUGUGCGAAUUACGGUCGGAGGCAACGACACCAAUCUGAAGAUAGGAGGUCAGAACCACGCUGACGUCGACGUCUAUCCGGGAGGAUCGUUCGAGAGUUUUAUCUUCAGCCGAUCGGCUUGCGAUCCUUUCCCUGAUAGUACCUGUGGUGAGGGAGGCACAUGGGAGCCAGAUGCUGGUGCAACAAGUUUCCUCCCACUGGGUGGGUGGCACCCUACUGUCAAGAUUCCAUCUUUCGGUCUAAUCGCGGGCCCCGCGAACUACACUGAUCGAGCCUUGACGAUCCGCGGCACGACAGUAUGGAACGCCUCAAUCAUGCAUACGAAUUCGGGAAACAUCACGGCUUUUGAUGGCAAGGUGUCAGGGAUGAGGCUCGGCUACUUGGGUCUUGGGGGCGGAGAGCAAGUGCAGACCUUCUCGGAGAGCGACACUGUUGCGGGGUACGACGUAUCACUCAACGUUUAUAACGGCAAGCUAUACAAGGAUGGCAUCAUCGGUUCAUAUUCGUACCUGCUACAUAUCGGAUCUGCUGCAUUUGACUACCCUGGCUCGCUGGUCUUCGGUGGCUACAACAAAGGUCGCGUUAUAGGUCCUCCAACGUCCUUUCGAGACCAGGAUAAAGUCGACCUUCUUGACAUUGGAAUCGGGGUUGAGUUUGGCGAAUCACCCUUCGAAGUGGACAGCAUCAGUAAUCUGCUCGUCGCCGACACUGGCGAGACAGGCAAGGCCCAACAAGUCAUCAUCGACCCUCGUAAUCCGUACCUCUCACUGCCGGACAACACAUGCGAAGGCCUUGCCAAAGUACUUCCGAUCAAGUACGAUCCAACGACGAAAUACUUUCUCUGGAAGACCGACGACCCAAAAUACACCAAGAUCGUCACUUCUCCCGCAUACCUCAGUUUUACCUUCCCCCCUGGCUCUGGAGCUAGCCUCAACGUCACGAUCAAAGUCCCUUUCGCACUACUCAACCUCACACUUGACACACCUAUCGUCGAAAAGCCAACACCCUACUUCCCCUGCCACUCUUACACGCCUACAAACGAGGACGACCGCUAUAGGCUAGGCCGUGCGUUCCUCCAAGCAGCAUAUGUCGGUCGUAACUGGGCUUCGCAGAUCACAUGGCUGGGUCAAGCCCCAGGACCAAGCUUCAAUGGUCAGGGCCUAGGAGAUCAGCUCACGGACAUUGCCGACGGAGCAACGACUCUAGACUACUGGGACAGCGAAAAGACGAACUACUUCAACCAGAGCUGGGCGGGACACUGGAGUGUCGUCGAGAGUGUGAAGCCGAACUCACCUAAUGACACCAAUGUGAGCACAUCAGGGAGUAAGCCACGAUCUGAGCAAGGGCUGUCAACGGCUGCCAAAGCAGGUAUCGGGAUCGGCGCUGCACUUGGCGGUAUAGCUAUCAUCGCUGUUAUCCUCUUCCUGUGUUUCCGACGCAAGCGUAACCGUAAAGUCGUUCCGGACGACGGUCUUCCCACGCCGCAACAACACCCAUAUGGCUCGCCAAUGUCACCAAUGUCGGCGUCGUCACCAAUGCCAGCUCAAUAUGGUCAGCCAGAGAAAAAGCACGAGUUCUAUUCGGGUACCCAGGAGAUGUACACGGCUCCGGUAGCUCAGGAGCUGCCCGAUUCGAACGACGUGCGACAGAAGUGA